CUGAAACUUUCCGUAAAGUGCCAACUUGUCUGUUAUACGAUGACAGCGGGCAAGUUCUUGCAUGGGGCCUUGAAGCCAAAAAUGCUGGUCCAAUGCCAGGAACAAUGCGGUGUGAAUGGUUUAAGCUCUUUCUCGAACCUCACGCCUUGCGUGAUGAAGGAGCGGUAGAUCCUCGAUUGCCCCAAUUGCCUCCCGGGAAAAAGGCUUUAGAUCUGAUUACCGACUUUCUGUCGUGCCUGUGGGAGUAUGCCAAAGAGCAGAUCACCAGAGACAUAGGAGCAGUGGCAGAUUUAAAUACUGCGGAUGUACUGGUCACUUGCCCUGCAGCGUGGGACGCAAAGGGCUGUGAUAUGAUGCGUGAAGCGGCCAUUGUAGCGGGGCUCGUUCAAUCUGGUCGCGCUGGUGAACGAGAUUGGCGCGAUAGACUACGCAUUAUAACAGAGCCAGAGGCUGCUGCAGUGCAUUGUGCCCAACUGACAGAUCUUCACAAACUCAAACCUAGUCAAGUUUUCAUGAUAUGUGACGCUGGAGGUGGUACAGUCGACUUGGCCAUCUAUAAGAUUAUAGGACAGACGGCGAACCUUGAGAUUGCGGAGAUGUGUGCACGUUCUGGAGCCAAUUGUGGUUCUCUUUUCCUCGAUUUGCGCUUUAGGGAGCUCGUCAGGACACUCCUCGCCGAUCAUCCUGCUCAUCUCGAUGCUGCUAGUCUAGCUUAUUUCAUGCAUUCUUUCAGCGAGACUGACAAGCUGAACUUCAAAGGACAGGUUGACGACGACACCUACUUCCACUUCACUUGCUUCAACGUGGAUGACCCACACGACCCUUCUGUUGGUCUCAUAAACGGCGAGCUUGCUAUUCCCGGUAAUCUCAUUCGCAGAGAGGUCUUCGAUCCUGUGGUGAGCCAGGUGCUCGAGUUGAUUGAGGAACAGUCGAAGAAGACUGAUCAAAGGAUUGAUGCUCUUCUUCUCGUGGGAGGUUUUGCUGGCAGUCACUACCUCUACAGAAAAGUUCAGGAACAUUUUGGAACCCGGAUCAGGGUCAUAGAGCGUCCUUCUGAUGCUGACACUGCUACCGUCCGAGGAGCAGCACAGUAUGGAUUGGCUCGUACCACGGUGGUAUCGAGUGUUGUAGUUCCUCGGUCAUAUCUUAUGCAAGUAAAACUUCCAGCUGAACCGGAAGACUGGGCCAAACGGCCCGCGUAUAUCAAAGAGAACAGUGCAGGCGUCUCGAUCUGUGAAAAGCGGCUGCAGUACCUUGUCGUGAAAGGUGCGAUACUGCGCAGGGGUCAACGGAUCAAGACAAAAUUUUGCAAAUUCUCACAGACUAGUCAAGACUAUACUUUUGUAGCCGUACUGUAUACGUCAGAUACAGACAAGAUGCAUCGGUACACUGAUGAAGGAGAGACAACGGAACUUUGCAAAUGGACUGUUGACUUGAGCACGUUGCCCGCCUUUCAGCAUAAUGCCAGCAUUCCACAGCCGCAGGGGUUCUUCACAGAAUUCGAGCUUGGAUUAGAAGUGGACAGCGCUGAAGUCCGUGGCAUCUUGCUACACGAGGGACAGGAGUGGAGUCGAGUGGUCUUCGACUUCCUGAAUUGAGUUCGAUUUGAUAUGAAGAUUAUGCUGAAGAGUUUUAUUCCUUGGGGUGGCCGUAAUUAUCGCUGGCCGUAAUACUAUUAAUACAUGACCAAAAAUAAGAGGCAAAGAUGAGAGAAAUGUCCGUGAGUGAUGCUAUUCCGAUGGUGGUAUUGUGUGGCGGUGGACCAAGAAAGGGAUUGUGGGAAAGCGGCAAAAAGGUAGAAGGUGGGAGAGCCUGGGAUUACGGACCAAAGUCUACGUACAGUGUACGUAGAGGGUUCUUUUUGUGCGUCGCCGGAUGCAAAAUUUCCUUUGCUGUGCAGAUUCUCGUGGCCAUGUGGUAUGUGGGACGGAUGGCAAGGAGUUACAGUAAUGAUCGCUGAUGUUCGGUCGAAUCGAUGAGCCGCGCUGGUGUGCUGACCGGGCCUCGGGGAGGAGCGCAUGUUUAGCGGUGAUGAAAUAGCAAGCGUUUCAGUGCGAUGCAACGUUCAUUGAAGAUCCCGGUUUUGGACCU